CGCUACGACUCUCGAAGCGGGAGUUUAUCGUCGCGCGGGAGAAACUUCCAGUGAACGUACGUCGAGUUUUGGCACGAUGCGUUGGUGUGUAGCGGCGCUGUGGCUCUGGGCGCUGGCGACGACGGUGUUGACCACUCUGGCGGCGGCGACCGACGCGCACCCCGACUCAACACAGGUUGACAGCGACGUAGAACUAACAGAAGAGGAAAAGCGUGCCUGGCAGAGUCUGCACGGCGGUUGGGGAAAACGGGGCUGGCAGGACCUCAACUCAGCGUGGGGCAAAAGAGCCUGGCAGGACCUAAACUCCGCAUGGGGCAAGCGCGCCUGGCAGGACCUAAACUCCGCUUGGGGCAAACGCGGCUGGCAGGACUUAAACUCCGCUUGGGGCAAGCGCGGAUGGCAAGACUUAAACUCCGCUUGGGGUAAACGCGCCUGGUCGGAUAUGAACCAGCCCUGGGGUAAGCGGGCGUGGCAGGACCUGAACUCCGCUUGGGGGAAACGCGCGUGGCAGGAUUUGAACUCCGCUUGGGGGAAACGCGCGUGGCAGGAUUUGAACUCCGCUUGGGGUAAACGAGGGUGGCAGGACAUGAGCCAGGCGUGGGGAAAGAGGGCACCGGAAAAGUGGGCAAACUUCCACGGUUCGUGGGGCAAGCGAUCAGGACCCGAAACCGAUUAUGAGGACAUGGACAUUGAACAACUACUACCGAUCGACAGCAGCGAACACACCAUGGAAGCGCCCGAGAAGAAGGCCUGGUCCGCGCUCCACGGCGCUUGGGGCAAGCGGCCCGUCAAACAACCAAUCACGAACAGCGGGGCGUAUUACUGGAAACGAGAGCCCGGCUGGACGAACCUAAGGGGCAUGUGGGGCAAACGCUCCUCGGAAGAUGACGACCAUGAGAGCGGUGCGACGAGAGACGAGGCCUAGACGAGUCCCACUAAAUGUAACAAAUCCAACGUCAUAUCCGUACGGUACAUCUGUCUAACAUGUAUAUACGUUCCGGUUUUCCGGACACACGUGACAUUGUGUCCGGAAAACCAAUUCUAAAUUAUUUGCAUAUAAUCUGCGGCCAACUCGCUUUACUCCCAACCAGUAAAGGGAUUUGGCUUUCAGUUCUUUUUACAUAUAUUUAAUAUAACGUACAAAUAUAGCUCUCCAAGACGUCACCUUCUAGUGUUAAGAGUUAUAGAAUAAGGUUUAUUUUGAUCUCUAAGGGGGUGUAACUGAGGUUAGAUUAGUUAGUUAAUGAACUAAUUGAUUGUAUUUUAUUAGAAGUUGAUGUAAAUUAUAAUAUAACUGCCGCUGCGGCGUUUGUCCAAUAAAAGUUCAUUCGGAAGC